UAAAUGGUAAAAGAGAAGAAAUCAUUGAAGGAUCUCCAAGAAAAUAUGUAGAAAUUUAUACAAACAAUGAUUGCAACAAGUCUUUAGAUAAAUUUGAAUACAUAAGAAAAACAUAUAGACCAGCAAACCAUAAUGUAAGUCGUGUGUGUGAUAUUACUGAGAAACUAUUAAAUGAUACUGCAGAAAAAUCAUAUUUUCCUACAUCUGUCACUGCCAUUCAUGCACUUGUGUAUACAUUUGUACACACUUUAGUAAUUAUUUCACCAACAGUAUCUGAAAAGACAGAAGAAGCUUCUAGGCUAAUAAAAAUGAUAAAUGGUUUUUUAGUCCGUUUAGCUGCUGGAACAUUGGUAGCUAUUGAUCCUGAUGAAGCAACUGUUGGUUAUUCACACAUACAAAUACAGAAUUAUAAUAGUUUGGCUCAAUGUAUAUUCCUUGAAGGUUUGGUAAAAUGUCUUCUAGUGAAAGAUGUUCAAUUAAGAAGAUUUGUCAUGGAAAAUCUUUUAAUGAAACAUUGGAUAUUGCCUGAUCAAACAAUGUCAUCUCUAUAUGAACAUGUUGUGCAAUUAUUUUCACAAGCUGCUUUUGAGAUGCUUUCUGAUCCUAAAUCCUCUAUUAUUGAUCAAACCAAUCCUUUUUCAUCAUUACCAUACCUUAUACUCAACAUUUUAUAUAAUAAAUUACCACCUAAAGAUCUUCGUAGAAUGUCACCACAGGUUAUACGAAGCCUUAUCAGUGUAUUAGUGUCUAUAUUUACUUUAUCAUGGCCUGAACUUGCACCACAACGCAGUAGUUCACUUUCUACACCCAAUACCACCGAUAAUCAUUCUUCAUCUUCUUCAUUCACACAAAGAGUACCUAAGCAAACAGACAUUGAAAUUCUAUCAUUGGCAAAAAAAUAUGUUGAGGAUUUAUGGAAUGAAGGAUGGAAAAUGGAAGUCAUAGAGCUUGUCAAAGAAACAUUUCAACAAGAUAGCCUUGAAAGAAUUAUUGCAGUGUUAGAUCAAUUGGUGUUUGGCAUAAAUGAUACUAUGGGAAAUGAUAUUAAAAUUAUAUCAACACAACCUGAAACAUCACCAAAUUUAAAAAAAUUAUUAUUGUCACUAUGUACAAAACAUCGGCAACAUUUUUAUAAACCUAUACUUGCAUGUGUUGCAUCAGAUUCCGAAUCAAAGAUUGCUAGUCAUCUUCAUCUUAUUGCAACUUUACAAAAAUAUUUAAGUCCUGUAGAACUUUUUAUGCAAGAUGUUGAAUUCAUGAGUGUGAUUAUUUUAAGUGAUGUUGGUCCGGGUAUAACAAAGACUGCUGGAAAUAGUCAUGAUCUAACUUCAACUGCGCCAAAUUCAACAUCUAAAUGUGUAUGGGGUUCCACUACAUUAGGUCAAUGCGUUAUUGUAAUGGAAUUUGUGUGGAUAAUUAGAGAAUUAAGGUUGAAUAAUUCUGGUCAUUCAAAAAAUUCAAAACAAGAUGUGAUUGCUAAAAUUUUCUUAAAUGAUCUGGAAAAACAUUUAGCAAUUUUUAUAAUUGCAAAGGUUGAUUCCAAUACCUUUACGUGUCUUAUUAUUCCAGGAUGGUUAUCUCGUAUAAUUGAUUGGAUGAGUUAUUCAGCUCCUGGUGCUGCCAUAUAUCGGGAUUCAAUAAUCCAGCUCAAUAAAUUAAACAAUCCUUUUAAAUUAUUUUCUGAACCAGAAGUUGAUAAUAACCAACUUAAUGAAGUUGAAUGGAUUUUUCAGCGAAUAAGGGUUGUUUAUGCAAAUCUAGAAGAUUAUAAUUCAAAUGAUUCAAAUCAAGAUGAUCAAAUGGACGUCCCUGUUCCAUUUAUACCAAUUCCUUUGUCACCUACAACACCACAUACACCAACUACUCCCAAAACUCCAUUAACGCAAUAUAGUGAACUGAAAAGACAUUCUACAAUUAUUGUUUCGAAUACUACAAUAAAUCAUCCACUCCGUUCAUCAUCAAAAUUACCGACACAUCGUCUUCAUCGAUUUAACAACUUCAAUGAAGAUCCUGCUGGUUCAGUACUUUCUUUACUUGUUGCAGUAUUCUCCACUUUGACAUCUGAAGAGUAUGUAAAAAUAGCACCACGUUUAUGGGACAGGUUUUUGAAUGAUCGUGAACAUCAACCUUUUGCCUCGGCCUCAUUUCUUUUUAUACAGUGUGGUGAAAAAGCUUAUAAAAUAGUAAAAAAUUUAAUCAUGAAGGAUCUUUACAGAAGUCAACUUUUAAGCCAACCUUAUGUGUCUGAUUCUAACAGGCGACGUCCUUUCCGAUCACAAGCUCCAGCAAUUCCUUUUGUUCCAACUGAACUUGGUACUUCAGAAAUGAUGAUGUAUGAAUAUUACAGAGGCUUGUCCAAUAAAAAUGAUAAUAAAUUGUCCACAGAUGUUAAAAAAAGAAUUCAAGAACUAGGUUGGGAAGAGGAAGAAGGAGAAGGUUUGGAAAAUUUAAAACGUAUUACAACACCAAUAUCAUUAAUACCAACCUUUUAUCUUGAUGAAGAAGAAAUGAAAAAUAAAGAAGAAUCAAAUAUAUUACAUUCUCAUGAAAAAAUCAAAAGAAAUAUUCGUGGCAAUCACCCCAACAACAAUAUGCAAUCAAAUGCAAAUAAACGUAGAACAGUAUCAAUUCUAAUAUUAAGUUCCUUUUCAUUGCGACUUGUAGAUUUAUUAGAUGAUCUUCAUGGAGGAGUAUUUAACCUUACUAAAGAAAUUAUAAUUUAUUUUCUCAGAGAUGAUCCUCUUUUAUUUCUUCGAAUAUUUUUUAGUGAACUGGGCACAAUCAACUUUGAAGCACAAAAAGAACUUCUCACAAAAAUCCAUUUUCUUAUUUCAAUGCAACAUGUUUUUCCUUCAGGCUUUUCACAUACCCUUUUCAAUCAUCUUGCUGGAAUUUUGAAGUGGUAUUCACGUGAUAACAAGAGUAAUGGUUUAGGACUUAUGACAUAUGUUAUUCCUAUUUUAGCAGAAAUUGUACCUACAGUCAAUGAUUUACUUGUUCGCGAUUUUCGGAAAAACAAAAUAGAAAAUAUUCUUUGUAACAAUGGUCAAUUUUGGUUCACAGAUGGUUCACCUUUGGAUAUGUUUCCACGAAAUUUGACAAAUGAUCAGGUUACAUUUCAAAUACUUGAUGUACCACUUGUGAUGUUUCAAGUAGCUAUUCUUCGUAUUGGUCAUAUACAUUUCAUGACCAAUUUUGUUAUUAAAUGUCCACAUGAAGUUUACUCAGUCAAAAAGAUGAUACAAGCAUAUAUACCAAUGCCAUCUACAAAUGCAUCUGAAGAUUCAAUAUGUGGGUUGAAUGAAGAUGAAUAUUAUUUACCAGAUAUAAAAAAAUCUAAAGGUCAUACAAGUGAAUUUUCUAAUCCAUCUACAAGAAGAAAAAAGGAUGUGAAACUUUUAUCAGCUCUAAGGGCUCGUACAUGGCUAAAAUUUUUAUUAGUUAUGCUUGAGCGGUUAAAUAGAAAUUACAAUGAUAGAAAUGAACUCAAUAUAUUUUUGAAUGGUGCAAAUAGAAUUCUUUUAGAAAAUGCUGAUGAUUUUGGUAUUGUUGGCCAAACAUUGAUUUUAUAUACAACCACAGUCACAAGAUUUCAUAGAUUAUUUGAUGCAAAUCGUGGUUAUUCUAUAUUUAUUCCAGCUUUAUUUAAAGUUUUUUGCGAAUCCGAAAAAAUUCCACCAAUUCGAUCAGCAAUUAUUUUUGCAUGGUGUAAAUUCUUUCGUAUUCACGGCGAAUCUUUUAUUUUUCAGGCUCUUGGUUGUCUUACACCUUUGAUUCUUAAGGGGUCAAUUAAAUCAACAAAACUAUGUGAAUGGAUGAGCUUGUCAUUAUAUGAAUUAUUUAAAGCAUUAAAUUUUCCUGUAAAUCAGGGUGAUUCAUUAGGGAUACAUGAUAUAGUUGAUGAAUUAGAAACUGUGGAUACAUUAUUCUCUGACCCACUUCCAUUAUUUAAUGGCACAUUUAAAAAAAGGGCUAAUAGUAUAGCAUCUAAAGCAAAAUCUGGUUUAUUAGGAACACAGGAAGAAAAAAUAUUUUCUUUAGAAGAUUUGGUGAGAUUAUUCAUGACAAUUAUUGCUUAUGAUCCUGGCUCACUUCGUGCAGAACAAUUUGUACAAAUUUUACAAUAUUUAGUACCUCAUUUGUUGCAAGAAUCUUCUUCAAUAAGAACAUUGGUGGAUGACGGAAUGGCAGCUUUAACUGAAGUAUUCCUCAAGUUUUCUAAAUCAUCAAAGCCUAUAAUAAAUUCAAUGGGAAACAUUAAUAACACCAAUAUUUAUAAUUCUGAAAAUGGAAACAAAAAUGAAUCAAUGGAUAAUCUUAAUAUAGAUAAUAGUGAUUUACAUAUUUCAGAGGCAACAGCUCAGGCUUUUGGAAAACAAUGGCAACAAAAUGAUCGUAUGACAAUAAAGAGAAAUUUUUUGGUUCUUGUUCAGAAAUAUAAGAAAUAUGGAGGGAUUUUAUCAGAAAAUUCACAUAGCAAGUUGGCAAAUAUGAUUUGUUUAAUGAUAAAAGAUUAUGCAGCAGCAAAGAAAAAAAUUUCGACAAAUUUUCUUAAAGAUUAUAUUAAGGAUGCUUUACUUUUCAAUACAACUUUUGAAGAUGGAAGAAAACGUAUCACAUCACUUAUACGACAAGUUGCACCAUCAUUUAGGCAACAUUACAAAUCAAUCGAUUUUUCUGGAUUUAUUGAUGGACUUGUUCUUAUUGUAACUGAUAAAUUAAAAUUCACAAUGAAUGAUCAUACAAUGGCUUCCUUCAUCAAAGAAAAAUAUAUUUCAUUUGGAUUGAGUGUUGCGUUAAGACCUGAUAGAGAAGAUGGAGAGCCUAUGCAACUUCAUUUAUGUCAAAGUUUGGUUGACUUGUUUGUUUCAAUGAUGGUAUAUUCAGAUCAAGAUAUACUUUCUGAAUUAGAUAGAUAUUUGCCAACACAUCAACUUAUAGCAUAUGUUUUAAUUCCAAUAUGUUUACAAUAUAAACCAGAAGAUUCUGUGUUUAUGCCAUUACCUUCAAAAAACGAUUCACAUAAAUCAAAAGCAGCAGAUUGUUGGAUUAGAAUUUUAUAUUUUAUUACACAAGCAUGUAAUAAAGGGAUAGUUUUAAGAUCAAAAACUACAGCAUUUGGUUUUCGUAGCACAUCAAACAUAUCAAAUCCGAUUACUGAUAACAAAGAUGAAAAUGAAGAAAAUAAUUCGGGAAAAGUUGUAUCAAUAACAGCUGAAUCAACGGCUACAUUUAUAUUAAGUUUUAUUGCACUCAAAAUUUUGCUCGUACGUGCUGAAAAAUACAUUACACAUACAAAAGGUAUGUGGGUUCAUAUUGCACAAUUUAUUAGACAAAUGUUGAAUUUUGCAGGGACAGCAUCUUUGUCACAAAAAUCAAAAACAGCAAUGAUUUCAUCAGGAUCUACUCCGGCAACAAGUAUGCCCAAUUUACAUGUGAACAACGAUAUUAGUGAAACAACUAAUGAUAGAAAUUCUUUUAAUCCAAAUUCACGAUCAAUUUUUUUAUCUUCAACUCAAGAUUUUGUUUUGUGGACAUUUUUGGAAUUGAUAUUGUAUUACAAGCUUCCCAUUAAUCUAUACAUGAGAACAUUUAUUCAUCAAAAACUUCAACAAGCGGUUCUUUUUACUAAUGGCAUGCAUCAUAAAGGCUCAUUAAAUGAUAACUCAAAUAGACCAUCAUCGCCAAUUAUGGCAUCAGAUUCAAGAAGAUCACGUUGGAAAAGUUGGGGAGGACCACCAGCAGGAAAUCAACAAAUAUUAAGAGAUAUUAGUGGUACCUCAUAUGAAGCCAAAAAAUAUUCAAGUGUUAGGUCUCGAAAUGAAAACGAAAGUAAUGUAAAUAAUAUAAAUUGCAAUCAAAAUGGCUCUUUUACAUCACCAUCUGGAAUGAUCAAUAAUAAUAUGAUUAAUAACCUAAUCAAUGAAACCUUUAAUUCAUACUCUAAUGUUCAUACUUUAAUGGGAUAUGGUGGUUAUGUCACCAAUGUGGAUGAUUCAGCACAAGAAUUGAGAUCGUGGAGUUAUUCACAAGUUUUGGAUAAGUUGAGAGAAGAAAAAAAAUUAGUCAUGGACACAUAUAAAAAUAUAUUUAACAGUACAUCAUUAAAUGAAGGUGCUGGUAAUCAUAUAAACAUUGAUGUUAAUAAUACUGGUGAUCUAUGA